CAUUGAGCCGAUCAGUUGAAAGCACAUUGUUUAUGUUUUUCAGUUUAAAUGGUAAAAUUAAAUGUUUAAUUUUGUUGGUUAAUUAGUUUAAAUUUGUGUUUACUUUUGUUUUCAAACGAUGGCCAAAUCACUGAGGAGUAAAUUUAAACGUAAGAUGCGAGCCAUCAAGCGAGUUAGAUAUGGUAAAAAAGAGGAAGAUCGGUUGAAGAAAAUGCUUGCAAAUGCUGAGAAUGAUAAAACGAUUGAGAUUACAAAUGCUCAGCAGAUUGAAGGGAAAAAAUUGGAACCCAAAUGUAAUAAGGAUAAUAAAGAUGGUGAAGGUGAUUUAAUGGAGGUCGAAAAGCCUAAACGUAACUCGAAAACACUUAUGGAUGAAAAUGGUACUUUUCCAGUUUGGAUGCAUCCGAGACAGAGGAAGAGAACUUUGAAGAAACUCAAGGCUAAAAGGAAAAAAUAAUCAAUUGUUUUUUUGCUUGGUUUUCGUAUUAAUUAUUUAAAGAAGAAAUAAAAACAUUCGCAGCGGCAAUAAAGCUUUUUUUGGCUGA